AAUAUUUGCUAGUUUUUUUGUGCUAGUAAAGUCAGUCCAUGGUUAAAUAUGGCUGAGGCUGUAGGCAUGUUAGUGAAUGAUACGUCAGAAAAUUCGAUGGCAGACUCUCUUAAUCUUAAUAUUGAGGAGCUUGAUGAUGCAGAAUAUGACAUUCCUCCAGUUGACUGUACCCCAACACUGGAAAGCAUUCUCAACAAUUUGGAAGAUCAGGCAUCGCUCAGUGAAGAUGAAAUGUCCAGUUCAUUUGUGCCAGCUACAGAAGGUGGAUUUGAAGGUAGUGAAACCUUAUCAUUAGGCAGUCUAGAUAGCAGGAGUCGCAGUUCAUCAGAGCGGAGGCACGAGGCUCGUGGAGGCAGUCGCUGGAACAAUGUUAACACUGAAGCUAGUCAUAGAACAGGUUCCAUUUUGCGUCAUGUUAUUCUGAAGGGCAUCUCAACACAGUUAACAUCUGCAUCUGAGCGUGUGAAUGCUGGAUUGCCCACUGCAAUGGCUGCCACCACAAUGAUUGCAGUUGGUACUUCUCAUGGACUGGUACUUGUGUUUGAUUCAGCACAGACACUGAGGUGGUGCUUGGGAGAAACUGCUCAAGAUCAGGGUUCUGUUGCAAGCUUAAGUUUCAAUCAUGACUGUACAAGAUUACUAGCUGGUUUUGCCAGAGGGCAUAUACUCAUGUUUGACAUAGUCAAUGGAAGGCUUUUAAGGACUAUGUCUGAUGUGCACCCACCUGGGACAGCAGUUUUGCAUGUGAAGUUUACAGAUUCUCCUACAUUGGCACUGUGCAGUGACAGUGGCGGAUCUGUAUUUGAGCUAAACUUUCGCCGUACUAUGGGUAUUCGAGGUUGUGAUUCCAAGUGCUUGUUUUCUGGCAGCAGAGGUGAAGUUUGCUGCCUAGAACCUCUGCUAUUACAUCAGUUUAACGCACAUCCGCUGCAUGGUGUUGUGCUUGUUGCCAUGGCCACUCUGUCAAAGGUCAUAGUAGUCAGUAUUCGACCAAGGAUGAGGGUUCUCUUCACACAGUCUUUGCUUCAUACUAGUCCAGCCACACUGCCACUUUUAUCAUGGCAGUUUGUCAUAAUUCAAAUGGCAGAUGGAGCACGAGUUAUUGAUCCCGUUCUAGCAUUUGCAAGAGAAUCUACUAUAUUUUUCUUUCAGGUGUCUGUUAUAGAUGGAAGAAGUAAAAUCCGGUUUGUACCUCUUCAACGUCUGACUGUUUCGUAUUUAUUGCUAAGUCUGCAUUGGUUGAACACACGCACCCUUGCCACUGUGGACACCAUGGAACAGCUUCACCUUCUGGAUGUGCGAACACAGGAGGAGCUGGAGGUUCUUGAUUUGGCAGAUGUUCGCUUAGUGUACGGGACAAGUCACUUCAAGGGAUUGGCCACAGGUGGCAAUGUCAGUAAAGCUAUGGCAUUGGCUGGUGAACGUGCAUGUUACAACUCUAUUGUUAGCUUUGGAAAUCAGAUGCUGCUUUUGGGAACAAAGACAUUCCAUGUUUUAACUAUUCGUGCAUGGAAUGAGCGUUUGAACCAUCUCAUUAAGCAGAAUCGGUAUUUGGAUGCAUUGGUGUUAGGAAUGGCAUUCUACCAAGACAAAGCUAAAGCAGUAGUGGGGCUAAAAGGACCAAAACACAAGCGCAAAGAAAUGGCAUGUGAGAAGGUUUUGGAAAUUCUACAUACAUAUAUUGAGGAAAUCUUGGAGCCUGGCAGUGGUGAUGUAGAACUUUGCCAGGAAGCUGUACCUGCUUGUAUUGAGUACUGUAUUGAGUUGGAAGUCAUAGAUGUUCUGUUUGGAAAACUUUGGGAUGCAUGUAUCCAUCACACAGCCCAAGCAUGUUACCUAGAGUCACUUGAACCAUGGCUUCUAAGUGAUCGUCUGCCUAUGGUUCCUCCAUCCAUCACACAGCAAUUUGUGAGUCACUAUGAGAGGCAGGGAAUGCUUGAAGCAUUGGAAGCCUGCAUUGUGCACCUGGAUGUGUCUUCACUAGACAUUGAUCAGGUCAUGAGGCUCUGUAAAACAAAUGGUCUCUAUGAUGCAACAAUACACAUUUAUAAUCGUGGAUUGAGAGAUUAUGUCACUCCCCUUGAAGAACUGAUGCCUAUCCUUCAGGCUGCACUAGCAACAGGUAAACAGCUGAGUGAUAACCAUAUUGCUCUGGGCAAUAAACUUCUUGUAUACAUCAGCUGUUGUCUUGCUAAACUAUCUGGUAAUGUCCCUUCAGAAGAUAACCAAAGAGUGAAACAUGAUGUAUUCAAAUGUCUGACAUGUCUUCAUAGCAAGAAUGCCUCAGACUUCGAACAUUCCUAUCCAUAUUUGAGGGCAUUCCUUCAUUUUGACACUCGGGAAUUCCUGAAUGUGUUGGCACUGGCAUUUGAAGAACCUGAGUUCACAUCUGAAUUGGGCCUGCAACAAGUGCAGAGGCUUGUUGACAUCCUCCUCUUAGUCAUGGUCCAGCAAGGUGAUGGUUUCACGCCUAGUCAGGUAGGAUCCUUGUUCACUUUCUUGGCUCGUCAGUUGGCCAAACCGUGGUGCAGCCUGCAUGUUGAACGCCAGCUUUUUGAACAAGUGGUAGAAUUUCUCACCACUGACUCUUGUUCCACUAGCACAUUGGGACAUCAUGAGGAACGGCAGCAGGCACUGCUGGAACUGAUGAGAGCUGGUGGACUUGCCCAUUACAAUCAAGAAAGGCUGUUGCAGCUGGCUGAUAAAGCUGCUUUUUACCGAGUAUGCGAGUUCCUGUAUGAGCAGAGACAAGAGUAUGACAGAAUUCUUCACUGCUACCUAAAGGAUCCAUUGAGAAAGCCUCAAGUUUUCUCAUACCUUCGCAACAUACUCCUGCUUUACACAAGUGCUACUGACAAAGCUAAAGUGGAAGCACAAAUCUUAGACAAUAUACAGGACUUACUGGACAUAGAUGCGACCAAAACAGCACAGAUUCUGUUAAUACAUGUACCUCAACUUAUACCUAAGAUAGUUGAGAAACUACAAGAAGAGUCCAAAGUACUAUUCCAAUUUCUACAGGGCCUUUUUGACUAUAGGGACUCGCAUUCUGGGUUGGCUCAGCUGAAAGAUGAGUCAAAUUUUGAUCCAGAAUUGGUAGAGCAAUAUAUUGAACUACUUUGUGAAUUCAGUCCUGAGAAGGUCUAUCCAUACAUUAUAAGCAGUGAAGGUUAUCGACUGGAUAAUGCUUUAAAGAUCACAAAAAGGUUUUCUCAAGUUGAAGCCACAGCAUUUCUUCUGGAGAAGACUGGAGAUUUCCAGGGUGCACUGAGUCUGAUGAUGGAGAAGCUGAAUGGACUUCUGGCUGAAGAAACUACUGAGAACAUAGACACAAAUGAGUUGUCUAGUUUGUCAAGCAAAUGUGUUGGCCUGUGUCAGCGUGGUUCUGCCAUGUUGGAUGAAAAGUCACGCCAAGCUCUCUGGUUUCCUCUACUUGAAACUUUAAUGCACCCACAAAGAAGGGAGAAACCUGUGCAUUUAUCAGCAGUAUUAAAGGAGAUGACACAGCAGUUGCUCAUGUCAAUGAGUGCUUAUGUAUCAUUGCCUGCAGUGAUCCAGGUUAUACUCAUGGAUCCAGCUUACAAAGGAGGAAAAUUUGGUGACAUUAGAGAGCUCAUGAUCGGUAUGCUGAGUAGUUCUUGUUAUGAGGAGACUCUUCUGCAAGCAACUGCUCGUUUGCUAAGUACUGAUCUGCAUCAUCAGUUGGCAAAACUAUUAGCAGCAUCAAAUCAAGGAAUUUCACCCCGCAGUCUUUUCUGUGCCAUGUGUCAGAACUUUCUUCAUAACCUCAGAGAUGAUGAUCAUGAUAUUGUUUUUAGGUGUGGCCAUGCAUACCAUGCAAGUUGCCUGGAGACACCAUGGAAGUGCUGCCAUUGUGUAGCCACAGCCUCCACUCCUACAAGUCCCCCAAUAAGGCCACAAAGUCUACCACAGUCUGUUGUGUCUCCAACUCACUCUGCACCUGCUUCACUGGUCUCACAGGGACUCCUUCAGAGUCAGGACUUUGGUCUUAGAUUGGCACCUCCACCACCUCCAGACCUGGAAGGAAUAUUCUAGUCAACAGAUUUGUGUCAAGAUAAGAUUAAAUUGAAAAUGUGGUGCUAUGUUAUUGUAUACAGCUAGUGUCUGUCAGUUGAUUGCAAAGUCAAAAAUUUUCACUUUAAGAGGCAUUGGGAGAAAUUACUUUUCUGAAUUUCCAAAUUUGUUACCUGUUUUUAUGUGACAAAAGUUAUGUUGUUGAACUUUUCCUUCUUUUAUUAUGUGAAGACAUGUUUGAAACAUUACUUGCCUAAUUGGGAUUUAAACAAAAUAGAAGAUUAAGCUAAAGUUUACAACAUCUAGUUCUGAAAUUUUGGAAACAGAGUUAAUUUUCUGGUUAUAUUUUAAAAUAUUUUGUACUGUAUAAAAAUCAGAUGGUUGAUAUAAGAGAAGAUUACUUACAAAGCAAGGACACAUCUAACAAAAGAUAACACAUGCUAUUUUAUCCACAUUAUUAAUUUUUCUCAUGUGGUGUUUAAAAUGCUAUCAUAUAUUUAAUUGAUUUAUUACUUUUUUAAUUAGAGCCCAUGUUAUCUCUUUCUGCAGUUAGACUGACUGUCCUUGAAGGACGCAGUGAAGGUUCAAGUGAUUCAGGUCAUAAGUGAUGGCUCCCGGAAAUAUUUCAGACAGCUGGCAAAAGUGUUUAGCUGCUGAAAGACAGUGUUACUUCUGGAUAUGUGAUAAGACUUGUGUGCCAAAAUGUUUUGAAGGUACAACACUAUUUGGAGAAAAUCCCAGUUAUAAUAAAUAUUUGUGAAAUACUACAAAUGGCACACAGUACAGAGACAUGAGUUACAUGAAAAUGAAAUUGAAUUCUUAUUUUAUGUGCGAUCCCUUUCUUUUGUUAGUCAUCCAUAUAUUUCGUGUGUCCGUGUUAUGUCAUAGCACAGAGAGGACAUGCACUCUGGUGCCAGCAGCUGACAUGUAAGCCAUGUGUCUUUAACCCAGGGCACACUUGCUAAUCAAACUGCUGAAAAUCAGAGUACGUUCGCUUUUUGCGAUCUGUUUUAUGUGCAUUGCAAUUUUGGAAGCCCAGAAACAAAUUAUUUCUCACUGUCUCUUAUACAUAUUAUGAAGUACCUGUUAGUAAUGGUGAUAAAGCAACAUAAUUGAUUGCAGUAUUAUCCAGAUUUUAAAAGAAAAUUGAGAAAAUUCAUCUUUAUUAUAAUCAUCAUUACUAUACUGAAGUUUAGCUUGGCUUAAUUUUUCCAUCUUGUAAGUGUCUGUAGAUACAUCUUGUCUAUAAAAAUGCAUCCAGCCCAUUAUUGCAAUUUUAUAAAAUUAGUUGGUAAGGAAUUGAAGUUUGCCCAAAAUGAAUUUCUGGAAACAUAUAGAUUUGCAGUGGGUUUCCCUAUUAGUAGUUAAUUUUCUGCUCAUAACUUUGGGGAAUACUAGGUAUCCAGUUCAUCUGCCAUGGAGCCAACAAACAGGUAUGUGCAAGAAAAUGCCAGUUUGCUCUUCCUUUAAAAUUCUGGUUGCCCACUUUUGCAGAAGAGCCUAAAGUUCUGCUUUAUAUAUUGUUGCAUUAUUUCUGAACACAUGAUGAAGCUGUUGGCAUAAUUUGAUUAACUACUUGGCAACUUUUUUGCAGUCCAAAAGUGGUUGUUUUAAAGCUUUUAUGUGGCCUCUUAGAGUAAACUAUGCCUCAUCUGGAGAAAACACAAAACCACUAGUAAUGGAUUCCUGCUUUAUAGUGUAUGGACAUGGUAUUUUGUACACAGUUUUGUUUCAACAUGAGAUUUAUGGCAUGCACCACUGAAGAGCCAAGUGCAACAAUGACCUUUUGGGGCAUGUAAUCAAGUACUGUGUUAUCCAGAAGGUAUCUGUCUUCUGGUUUGUUGUGCCAUGUAGUCUGGUAGAAAUUUAUAUUGGAGGCAGCAGGGACCUCUGAAACGUCAGUAAAUUUGUACUAGACUAUGCAACACAACAACCCAGAAGACGGCCAUCUUUGAACUCUCUGCCGUGAGAACCUCAAAUCCUCCACAGUGUUAUCCAAUUUGUAUUUAGUCCAGUGUAGGAUUUUCAUGUUGUCUUUUCUUCCAGCACAAGCCUUUUUUAUUAUGAAGCACAAUAAAACCAAAAUAUUUUCAGUGACAUUUACUCCAUGACAAUAAAAAUGCUUUAUGAAAAGUUCUAUUUCAAAUAUUAGGCUAUACUUCAUUUUGCCACUGUACUCAAACCUGUUUUGAAUAGAAAUGAAUAGUCUUUGUUCAUUACCUUUUAGGCUGUCAGUGAGAAACAGAAGCAAAUGCAGUGGGGGGUGGUUGCAUGGGCAGCCAUGAGUUGCCAUAGAAAUUGCUGACCAUGGUUGAAGCUGGCUGUCUCCUGAGGUAUAGUCUUGACAGACCUGCCUUCUGCUUUACCUGACAACAAUAAGGAAUCUAUGUCUCAGAUGAAAAUGCCCAUCUCUGGGAUUCCAGUUUCCUCCAGCUGUAGGAUGAUGAAAGUGGUGCCCAGCAAAGGAAAGUUUUAAUUUCACAUAUACUUCAAGUCAAGUUAGAGUGGUAUUUUCUGACGUUUAUAAAUUUUUGUCUUGUAGAGAAAAGGCAUGGGAAAUUAGUGUGCACAGAUCAACAAGGCAUCUGGUCAGUCUUGAACCUAAAUGCUGUGGCCUAGGAUCAAGUGCCUUAACAUUAUCACACUGUUAAUAUAUUGCAAUGUAUUUCUGUAUGUUUUUUCCCUCCUUCCUCAAAUCAUUACUGAUUCUGUAGUUAUGUAGUUAAUAAUUUCAUUAACUUUUCUAAUUGAAAAUUAUAUUGCAUGCAUUUUUUCCUCUGCAACACACAAUUCUGAAAAUAUAAUACUUUUACCAACCGUAUCCUUUACCAGUUAUUUAUAUCAUCAGAAAUUGGUUUUCUUUAUGUUUCAUCAAGUAUAUAUUACAUUGAUAAAUGUGUCAAAUAAAUGUUGAUGUUAAUGAAAUCUGUCAUUUAUCAUGGAAAAAUUAAUGGCAUUAGAAUUGAACUUUGUGUAAAGUAGGGGUUAUAUCAAUAUGAAGGAAAUAAAUUACCAGUUUUGGAGAUGAAACAUGAUGCAAGAUGGAUGAAUAUGAUAUGCCCAAUAUGCAUUCAUUUUGCUCAAAAUUCACAUAAAAAACUACGCAUAAUUUUUCUCAGUUUUGCUGAACAUUAUAUUAUGAUUAGCAUUGCUACUUUGAUUUUAAGCUGUUUCCAAUUUGAAUACCAGUUAAGAUUAUGAAAAACGUGCCAAAGACUAUCCUGACAUAGUUUUUUAUGCUGCUUUCAACUUACUAUUCAUAACCAUGAGCUGUUGUGCAUAAACUGAGCAGUUGAUACAUCAUGAUCAGCUGACCUAAGACAAAGUAAUUGCUCUUCUCUGCACACCUCUCAAGAGUUGUGUCAUUCCCUCUGUAUUUUAAGUAAAAAUAAAAAUGAAUCAGUCAGAGUCCCUUUGAUAUAGAAAUAUAAGCUGAAUGUUGCUUCUUCCAUAACUUUAAAAAUGGCAUAUGGGUAUUACUGUAAAAAAACUCGCAUGCGUGGUACAUGUUCCUUUGUAUGUACAGGGCAGCAUGUGUGUGGGAGGAGGCUUUACUGUAGGCAGUUUCAAAGGUACUUAUAAGAACAUGCAAACUACAGUAUUCCUUCAGUUUCUAUCUUCUUAGGCAGAGGUUUGUUUUGAAGUUAUUUACCAAAUACAUAAUUUAGACAAGGACAGUGAUAUUCUAUACAUUACUUCUCUUGUCGAAGUUUUUAACUCAAGUUGUUUCAUUUGGAAUUUCAACAUCCUGAAUAGUGACAAUCUUCAGUUUUAAUUUGCAGUAUUUCUACAAGUACUUUCACACAGUGUUUUGGUAUUUUAUUUUUACUGUCCUCAUGGAUUCAGUAAAUCUUAGUGUGACAUGUGCUUUUCUGAAGAAACAUGUGUAAUAUUAGAUAUUUUAGAUCCUAUUCAACCUCUUAAUGUUACUUGUUAUAAUAGAUGUAAUGUCAAAACACACCAUUAUCAUUGUCUGCUGUUCCAUGUCAGCCAUCUGGUUGGCUUAUUCAAGCACCUACAAUCUGCAUCCAGCCACACUUCACAACAUAAGCAUAGUUGUGGCUCUACUCUCGCCAGUGUCUGCCAGGACAAAUAAUGCAAAAAAAUUAAUUUUAAAUAAUCUCUCUGGAUACAGAGCUACAGAAAGUACAGGUAUGCAUUUGAAGAAAUGUACUGAAGAUGAUGGUAUAGGUUUGAAGAUAAGUAAUAGUGAUAUAAUAAAUACUGAAAUAUUGUCACACUGAACCAAAAAUGUAGCAAUCUGAAUGGCUCAGUUAGGCACUGAACUAAUUAAUUUUAUGUGUUUUUAUUUAUUCCAUUAUUUUUAGUACACAGAAACAUAUCAGUUUACAAUUUAUAAAUUAAGUAAUGGUUUUUGUUUUGUUACAGUCCUUGAAGAUCAUGGAUGUUUAAUGAAACAGAUUCUUCAAGACAUAAUUCCUAAGUCAAAAGGUGUAACAGAUGUGCUAGAGGCCAGUCUUUAUGCAUGUAAGAAGUGUUUGUUAUUAGAUAUACAGAAACAAUUUGAUGCUGCUCAACCUGAUAUGGGACGGAAAAGAUUUGCAUAUUCAGUUUAUGAUGAGCGGAAAAGAUCAUUACUUGUGAACAUGAAGAAAUUUUUGAAAAUGUUUCUAAAUAUGCCUGUUCCAGGAGAUAAGGAAAUAAAUGGUAAACCAUUCAUUCUUUUGCCAGUGGCCAUUCUGAUUGAAAUUUUGAGAAUUUUGAAAGACUUCUCUGAUACAGUGUCUGCUUCACUAAAUAGUAAUUAUUUAAGCAGUAAAAUAGAAUAUUCAGUUGCACCAACUAUUAUUCAUCAUCUCAUGAAGAAACAACAAAACCAUAGUUCAACAUUUACAAAAGAGUUCAGUGACAAUAGUGAACAAUAUUCUGCCCAGUCUGAAGUACACACCAGAAUCCAGCCUGAUUCUUCUGUGUGGAGUCAUGUCAUGUCUCCAAACUGUAACGUAAGAAACUUUUCUUGCAAGACUGAAGUUCUUCAACCUGGAAGAAAACGGUCCAGUAGAUUUGAUUUGGAACUUGACACAGAAUUUGCUCAUUUGCCCAAAGCAGCCUUAGAGUUCCUUUCGUAUAGCUCUACCUCUUGCCCUUCCAAUAUGAAUGAACCAUUGAUCCACCAAGUUGAUCCUCAUAUUUUAAACUCCCUUCCAGUUCAGCCAUCCUGGCUCCCAUAUCAACCCAGAGAACCCCUAGGUGGUUGCCCCACACAAUUGUGGCCCCAUGCCAACCCAGCCCGCAUAUGGCCACGAAUUCUGUUAAUGGCAAAAUGUGUGUGUGAUGGCUUACGAUGUGCACUUCAUGGAACUCAUCGAUGUAUUACUGUUAAAGUUGCUGUGGUAUCAUUAAUUAGGGACACAAGAGACGGUAGAGACCACAUUAGAAAUGUGAGAAGGCGAAUGGAAAUGGUGGCUGUAGGAUGUGUAUGUGCCGAACAGAAAUCAGUCUUAGUUAAUGAACACCGGCCACCCAUUUUGGAGUGAUUAAUGCCGAGUCCUUCGACACUGCAGGAAAAGCUGGUAAAGUAAGCAUUUGUAAGUUUACAUUACAGCAAACAGAAAGGAGUAUCUCAGUUAUGUAACCAAGUCAAAAAUAUUUGGAAUUAACCAUUUGAAAAACGUGUUCUUGCAUAGCAUAAGGGAUUUUUGUAAAGGAACUUUACCUGCUGUAAGUAAAGUUUGUGAUGGUUCUUUUGUUAGAAAAAUAAUUAAAAUAUUGAUAGUGUUAUGAUCUCAUAGUUAAUUUUUACUUUGCUCUUUAGAUGUUGCCUGUUAUGAUUUUUAGUUAUUUAGAAACUAUAAAUCCCUAGUCAUUUGGUAGGACUCUAUGGACUGGGGAUUGAUCCAUCAUGAAGUCUCUUCAGUAAAUAUUUUUCUAGAAAAGUAAAUAUUGCCAGGUAAGAGUUAUUCAAAGUAAGUUAGUGUAUUUUUGUUAAUUCUUUUCUCCACAUAGUUAUCCAGUGUCGCCUACAUAACUUCGCAGAUGUCAUAUCAUGUCAGUUCCUGCCUGUCUCUAAAUCUUCAAAAUUGCAUAGUAUUUUUCAUGUUUUAUGAAAUUAUAAGUGUGCCACUGCCUAAAUACUUUUUAAUUGCAUAUGUUGGAAUAAAUAUUUGUAAUCAUAGUGCAGCAAAAAAUAACUUGUCCUGAAAAAUACUGGGUACUUUUUCAGAUGUCUGGAACUGGAUGAUGGAUACUCUUCUUUUGGGAUUUUAUACAUACAAACGCAUGUGCUUAACCAAACCAAUAAGGAUGUAGUUGAAAUAUCACAUUAGCCUUAUAAUGAAGCUAAAAGGAAUGUGAUGCAAGAACUGACUCAUUAUCAGAAGCUGUUUUGCACAAUAUCUGGCAAAAAACCUAAUUCUGAAUUUGUAAAUAUUUUCAGAUUGUAUGUCCAUUUAGAAAAGAAGCAAAAGUAUGUGGUGAUCUUGAAACUUUGAACACUUGGUUCAUAUUUACUAGUAAAAUUUUAUGUUCUCCAGCCUUUAAAUAUACUCCAUUUUUCAAAACAAUUAACCAAGACAUAUAAUUGUAUUGUAUUAAAACAGCAUUGUGUAACAGGAAAUAAACAAUACUAAGAGUUAUAGUUUUA